UUAAAGUUACCGUUAGCUAGCCAAUAACGGUUGACGGCACUGAUUUGAAGCGAAUGUGUUUGUUAGUGUUCGGCUUCAAUCUGGUGGUAAGCCGAGCUGAGUGUUACAAAUAGCCCAGGGUCUUCUCUGCUGGAGCUGAAAUAACAGGAGCAACAAAAGCGGUAAUGGCUUUACUUUCGACAACCCAUUGCUUAGAGAAAGUAUUGGUGUAAUUUAAUAUACCGCACCGCCGCCCUAUGCCCAACCUCCAGCCCAGUUUUGCUGGUUUCACCGCUCGGCCCCCGUCAUGUCGUUAUGCUUGAGUAUUGGUUGCAAAUUAUGCAGAUUUCUGGACGUCGACGGAGGAGGGCUGGAGGCCGGGCCAGCGGAAUGCUACGUGUCUUGGAAGUCCCUUUUUAAAACCCCCUCGUCGUCUUCGGUUACCGUAGCCAAAAGUUUGUAGGCUACAACUCGAGCGAGAGACAGACUCCCCCCCUCCAUCCAGGCCUCUGUGUGUCCCAGCCCGGUGUCGAGCGAAAUGUCCGGAGUGAAAAAGCUGCGUACGGAUCUCAACAGGUCGACCAACGUGGUGUACCAGGCCCACCAUGUCAGCCGGAGCAAGAGAGGGCAGGUGGUGGGUACCAGGGGAGGCUUCAGAGGCUGCACCAUCUGGCUCACCGGUUUGUCUGGUGCCGGUAAGACUACCAUCAGCUUUGCCUUGGAAGAGUAUCUUGUGUCCCACGCUAUCCCUUGCUACUCACUGGACGGAGACAACAUUCGCCACGGCCUGAACAAGAAUCUGGGCUUCUCUGCCGAAGACCGCGAGGAGAACAUCCGGCGUAUCGCUGAGGUGGCCAAACUGUUUGCAGACGCCGGGCUGGUGUGCGUCACCAGUUUCAUCUCUCCUUUCAGCAAGGAUCGUGAGGAGGCGAAGAAGAUCCACGCAAGUGCCGGUCUGCCAUUUUUCGAGGUGUUUAUUCACGCUCCUCUGGAGGUGUGCGAGAGCAGGGAUGUAAAAGGGCUUUACAAGAAGGCUCGCGCUGGAGAGAUCAAAGGUUUCACUGGGAUUGACUCAAAUUAUGAGCGUCCUGAGGUUCCAGAUCUCGUACUGAAAACUGGAGAGCUGUCAGUGAAUGAAUGCCUCCAGCAGGUGUUGGAGCUGCUCAGGGACCAGAAUAUCGUACCAAGCGGGAUCAUGGAGGAGCUGAAUGAACUCUUUGUUCCGGAGAACAAGCUGAAUCUUGCUGUGGCUUACGCACACACACUUCCCACCAUCAGCAUCACCAAGUUGGAUCUACAGUGGGUGCAGGUCUUGGCAGAGGGCUGGGCUAGCCCUCUGAGGGGCUUCAUGAGAGAGAGAGAGUUCCUGCAGGUCUUACACUUUGCCAACCUGCUGGAUGGCGGAGCCAUCAACUUGUCUGUUCCCAUCGUCCUGCCUAUUAGCGCUGAGACCAAGCAGGAGCUGGACGGCUGUGCGGCUGUAGCUCUUGAGUACCAGGGUUCGCGUGUGGCUAUUCUCAGGAACCCAGAGUUCUAUGAACACCGCAAGGAGGAACGCUGUGCCAGACAGUGGGGCACCACUUGUCCACAGCACCCUUACAUUAAGAUGGUUAUGGAGGGAGGUGAUUGGCUGGUAGGUGGUGAUCUGGAGGUGCUGGAGCGAAUCAAAUGGAACGAUGGACUUGACCAGUACCGCCUUACGCCAAAGGAGCUCAAGCAGAAGUUCAAAGACAUGAAAGCAGAUGCGAUAUUUGCGUUCCAACUGCGUAACCCGGUACACAACGGCCACGCCCUCCUGAUGCAGGACACCAAGCGCCGCCUGCUGGAUCGAGGCUACAAGAAUCCGGUCCUCCUACUGCACCCACUUGGCGGGUGGACCAAAGAUGACGAUGUGCCUCUGGACUGGCGGAUGAAGCAGCAUGCUGCCGUCUUGGAGGAGGGCAUUCUGGACCCAGCCAACACCAUUGUGGCCAUCUUCCCCUCACCCAUGAUGUACGCUGGACCCACAGAGGUUCAGUGGCACUGUAGAGCCAGAAUGAUUGCCGGAGCAAACUUCUACAUUGUUGGCCGGGACCCUGCAGGCAUGCCUCACCCGGAGACUAAACAGGACCUGUAUGACCCCACCCAUGGAGGCAAGGUCCUCACCAUGGCCCCGGGCCUCACCUCUGUAGAGAUCAUCCCCUUCAGGGUAGCUGCGUACAACAAGACUAAGAAGGCUAUGGACUUCUACGACAAAGAACGACAUGCUGAGUUUGAGUUCAUCUCUGGAACCAAGAUGAGGAACAUGGCUCGGAGCGGAGAGAACCCUCCAGAUGGUUUCAUGGCCCCCAAGGCCUGGAAGGUGUUGGUGGAGUACUACACCUCUCUUCAGAAGGACAAGUAAUCAACGCAGCGCUCUGCUCGCCAGUCAACAGCAUACUGUAAAAAGAUUCUAGUCAUUUCUUAAAGGGGGGAUUUUAGGUUGAUUCUUAUUUUAUACAUUUAGAGCGAUGGAUUUAGAUUACUAUAAAUAAUGAGUCAUUCUGGCAGGGGUGAGUGUUUGUACAAGUCUUAACCAAAUCAGAAUGACUUGUCUUAAAGCAUUACAUUUUUACAUUCCUAUAAUAUGAUUUAUAUAUCCACUGUAUGUUUAUAUGCAUAUUAACUUAAGCUAUGUAUUUUAAUAAAUUAAAGGUAUCUUGAGAUUCUUUUUUUAUUUUCUAAGUUUAGGAGCACAGCCCAAGACGGGGAAAUCAUUUUUGAUAUUCACAUGUAAUUAUCUGAAGGAUGCAUUAAAAAAAACAUGUAGAGUUCACUUGUUAUAGCCUUUAAUGGAAUUAUUUGUAUGACCUGAAUGAAAGUGACUCGCAGUUUUUAUCACUACCUACAGUGCCUAUUUGUUUUACAUGUAUGGGUGUUGAUUAAUUCAUCAUGUUCAUGUUUCAUAUUAUCGUGAAAUAUAACACAGAUGUUUUUAAUAAUGUGAAAGUGCCUUUCUCUCAAAUUUCAACAUUGUAAAACAGCAAUUGUUGAAAUUUUUUGCUGGCGUUUGCUUGAAAUGUCUCUGAGAUGUGUGUGAUUUUAUAAUGCGGGAACGUGCAUUCAUGUAAUAAAGCAGUUUUAGGAAGACAACAUAUGUCAAAUAAUGCAGUAAUAAAGGAGCUUAUUUGUUAUUAUGAA